AUGAAACAGAAUUUAGAAACUUUAUUGUGUGGCUCGAAGACCAGAAAAUCAGACACUACAAGAUUGAAGACCGAGGAAGUCUAAGAAACAUACACAAUGACGAAUGGCCUAAAGCCUUUGAAAAGUAUCUGAAAGAUGUUAACUGUCCCUUCAAGAUACAAGAACGACAAGAAACAAUCGAUUGGCUUCUUGGGUUAGCUGUUAGGCUUGAGUAUGGAGAUAAUGCUGAUAAGUAUAAGGACUCCACGCCUGACAGUGCUAAAAAUACUGACAAUGCAGCAAAAAAUGCAGAGCCACUGAUAAACUUGGAUGUGAAUAAUCCUGACUUUAAGGCUGGAGUGAUGGCUUUGGCUAACCUUCUUCAAAUCCAGCGACAUGAUGACUAUUUGGUAAUGCUUAAGGCAAUUCGCAUUUUGGUUCAAGAGCGCUUGACUCAGGACGCCAUAGGAAAGGCAAAUCAAUCGAAGGAGGGUUUGCCUGUUGCUUUAGAAAAGCACAUUCUUGGUUUUGACACCGGAGAUGCUGUCCUUAAUGAAGCUGCCCAAAUUCUUCGAUUGCUGCAUAUAGAGGAACUCCGAGAGCUGCAAACAAAAAUUAAUGAAGCCAUCGUAGCAGUUCAGGCAAUUAUUGCUGAUCCAAAGACAGACCACAGACUGGGGAAAGUUGGAAGAUGAGCAAGUUAAGACUGUAGUUUCCUGUGUACUUAGUUCCUAAUUGUACUAAGUACAACUCUGGCAUGCAUUUUGAAAUGGAGAUUUCUCUAUUUUGAAAGAGAGCAAAGAGGAAAUGGAAUUCUGACUGGUCUAGUGAAUUACCAUCAUUUUUCUUUAAAUAAAGUUGGGGAAAUAGCUAAACAGAA